CUCGAUUUAUUUCUUCUCUUCAUUUAUUUAUUUCAAAUUUUCCGUGAAUCACUCAAAUAAAGCCUCUUCUUUUUUAUUGUAUACUAUUUUUUAAUCAUUGUCUUUAAUCCAACCGACCGACUUUUUAUUAUUAUUAUUUGCUUGCUUUCAAUACAAUUUUCCCACCUACUAAUAAGAUAAUUUUGCGCCAUAUAUUCCAUACACAACCUACUAAAACAACAAAUAUGUCUUCGUUGACGGCCUUGGACACAAAAAACAAACUCAGGGGUGAUUGUCAAAACAGCAGCAGCAACAGCACCAGCGAUGACAACACGAGUGAUGGCAGCAGUGGCUACACAGACACAGACACAGACAGCGUAGCAAGCGAAAUAAGCUGCUGCAGCGCAGACGAUUCCAAUUCCAAUUCCAGCGGCACAUCCGAACCAGGCACUGUCCCCGAUAGCGACUCAAAAAAGGGCUCCCGAAUUACCCUCUUGGGCAUCCAGGAACGGUCAAAGUGCGGAUACUGCAAGACGCCCAAUGGGUCACGGUGCUUCAUGAUAAAGUCCAAGCAAAUAACCUGUACAGACUACCAGGCGCUGAUUGACCGCGGGUGGCGGCGGUCCGGGCUGCUAAUGUAUCUGACGGACCACUCGGACUCGUGCUGCGCAUACUAUCCCAUAAGGACACACGCCUUGGAGCAUUCCCUGGGCGCAUCGGAUAAGAAGCUUCUGCGCAGAUGGCGCAAGCGCUUUGCGAAAAACAAAAUGGACGGCGGUGCUGCUGCAGUUGUAGAUAAGAAGGGGGUUACGGAUGAUAUGGUCGAUAUGGUGUGUGGGUUGGAUGGUAAUGGACUAAAGGUUGUUAUGGAGUCGGCGCAGUUUACAGAGGCGAAAUACCGGGUGUUUGAAAAAUAUCAGAGAGCCGUCCAUGACGAAGAGUCUACGCCCAAGGGGUUCGAAUGGUUCCUGUGCGCCACACCUUUAGUCCCCCAGUCCAUGAACAUUCCGAACCCGGCAUCUGACCAGCAAACCCGCUUACUGCCGCAUGGCCUCGGAACCUACCACCAAUGCUACUAUAUUGACGGCAAACUAGCGGCAGUCAGUGUCCUGGAUAUUCUUCCGUCCUGCGUAUCCGCUGUUUAUUUUUUCUACGACCCGGAGUUCUCCCCCCUGUCAAUGGGCACAUAUAGUGCGCUGCGCGAGAUGGCGCUGGUUCGUGAGCUGCACGGUAUUGUGCCGUCCCUGCAGUACUAUUACCUGGGGUACUACAUCCCUGGCUGUAACAAGAUGACGUAUAAGGGGCGCUGGCGGCCAGCAGAUCUCCUCGACCUUCUGAAGUUCAACUGGGUCCCGAUCGAGCACUGCCUGCGGCGAAUCUCCGAACACCCUGUGUUCUGCACCUUUGACACAGGGUCCGAUACGCACAGUGAGGUUGUGAGGGAUACAGUGGGAGAGUGUGUUGCAGCGGCAGCGCCUGCGCUGAGGAUAACUGGACUGGGGGGUCUUUGUGUGGAUGAUGUGCAGCGGUGGAGACAGUUGGUGGUGUGGCUGGAUUUGGGGUAUUUCGGUGGCAGACUGGUCCCCGUGUCGGCUGAUAAUUUGGCAUCUAUAUCGAAGAGUCUUGAGCUGGUCGUAUUACAGGCAUAUGCCGCAUUGGGUGUGGAUGUGGCAUGUCGAGCUACACUGGUAAUAUGACAUGGUGUGUUAUUUUUCUAUUCUGUAAUUUUCUGCCAUUACAAUUUCCGCAAAUGUCAAGUUCCACCUCCUCCCCCAACAAGCUUUUUCAACAUAGGAAGGAGUAACAGAUAUCGGUAAUCUUGUGCAUCUUUAUGUAUAAGGUGUUUUUUUGUUUUUUUAUUCAUGGACAGCUGACGAGUUAGAUAAUUUAUAGCGUUGCAUCACAACAUCCGCAACCCGAAAAGCAAUCCCGAAUGGAGAAAUCCAUAGAAAAAACCCAUGGUCAUGUUUAAAAUAUCUGUUUAAGUGUACACUUUUGUACAAUAAAAAUAUUUUUAAAACAAUAAAAAAAUACAAAGUUUAAUGCC